AUGGGCUGCUGGCUGAUACCCUACGCAUCACUGUUAAGUGUUCUAUUCGUCUGCAGUACGGUUACUGCUCAGUAUCAAUAUGGCUCGCACGUCUCGUCGUCGCGGUGGAUUUCAUCGACCACCAGAAGACCUUACACGCAAGAUACGUACGGCUACUACUACAGGCAACCGUACAGAUGCCGGGAGAGCAAUCUACAGUACGACUGUAUAUUCUACGAUGUUUCGAUCGGUCCCUACGCUCAACAGCCUGUUCACUUCGGGUAUGACGAUGUCGCACUAAACAGGCAGAAAAACAUCACGUUCAAAAACUCCACCCUGAGAAGACUUCCCGAGUCACUGCUGUCUGCGUUCCGGGAGGUUGAAGUGCUCGAUUUAACCGACCUGCAGAUUGACACGAUUGAGGAGCGCGCGUUAUCAAACGGCUACCACCUUCGCCAGCUGUACAUGGGUUUCAACAACAUUCGGUACCUGCCAUCGUCCUCGUUUUUCUACAUGCAGUCACUCAGCGAGCUGGUGCUGGACCGGAAUCAGCUUACAAGCCUGCCGGAAGGCAUCUUUCUGCGCACGCCCAAUCUCUCCGCACUGUCGAUCGCGAACAACAAGCUGGAACGCAUCGAGGACGAAACGUUCAAGCUGAACCAUGCACUGCAGCAUCUUAGACUGUCCGGCAACAAGCUUACCCACAUUGAUCUAUCCCUCAUUGCUGGGCUGUUCUAUGGAAACGUUAGUACCAACCAGCUUACCACAUUGGCCAUCCCGCCGGCGGUAGUCCAACUGGAUGCUUCGCACAAUCGUAUCAAUCAGGUAACGGGUGCGAUCAAUGAUCAGCUGGAAGAGCUCCGUUUGGAGCAUAACAAUCUGACCGACACUGCCUGGCUACUGAACUAUCCCAAUUUGGUGGAUCUGGAUCUGUCGUACAACGAACUGGAAAAGUUAACGCACGAUCACUUCGCCAAGAUGCAGCGUCUGGAGCGACUCUACCUGUCUAACAACCGUCUGACCAUACUAAACCUUAAAUCUGCACCCAUCCAAACGCUCCAGAUACUGGAUCUAGCACACAACCAUCUGCUGUACGUGGAAUCCAACCAAAACCAGUUCGAAGUACUGAAGCAGCUGUAUCUCGAUCACAACUCGAUCGUGACGCUCAAGAUCAGCGCCGGCAAUGCGCUGGAAACGCUCACCCUCUCGCACAACGAUUGGGACUGCAAGAAUUUGCGUGCCUUGUUGCCGAACGUGUCCCACCGCCUGGAGAGCGAUGACAAUGAUGUGAACUGCAAGCCAGACUACCAGCUCGAGCACAACUUGUGCUGCAAGGAAAGCGACGGUCCCUACCUCGACCGACUGAUCCAGUACAUCCAUCUGACGAGCAGUGCGGAAAAACUGCAACGCGCCGAACGGCGCUGCAGUCCGACCGAUGCCAUUAGCAGCGUCCAAGGUUUGUUCACCUACAUGUCCUACGUGGGCAGUGGGGUGCAGCUAAAUCCACGACUGCAGGCCGAAAUCAAUGAGCUGCAGAGCGAGAUACGGAACCUCACGAGCGUACAGACCCAGCAGGAGCAGUUGCUGCACGGUUUGCAAACCGAGAUCGAUGACAAUCUGCGCCGUUAUCGGGUGACAAAGGAUCCGUUGGUUCCGCACAGCCAGAAUCUGCACAAGGUGAUCGCACAUCUGAAGAGUCGCCAGGCGUUUAAAUUGCAGGAAUCGAGCAACCGUCAAUCGGAGGCAGAGCGCAAGCAGCAGGAAGUGGAAACGCUGGAGCAGGAAAACGUACGCCUGCAGAACGAGCUGACUGAUAAGACCGCCAAGCAGAACCAGAUAAAACAGGAAACGACGCUGAAGCGCAACAAGGUGAAGCAGCUGGAGGCGAAGAAAAACCGUAACCCGGACACUAGGCGCAUCACGAAGUAA